ACUACACCGUCGAUAUUGGAAAGUGUACCUUUUGUACGACUUUCCGAAAGGUGUGGACGCUUCACCGCUCUUUUUAGUUUUACGGCAACUAUGAACGUUAUAUCCGACUCCUUGUUUCUCGCAUCGAAUUUUCACAAUUUGACUGGGUGAAAGAAUAUGUGCUUGACUAUUUUUUCAAAUUACAAGUUGUGUUGUUUAAAGUACAAAAUUAGAAAAUAAUAAAAGCAAGAAUGAAGAAAGUUACGAGUAAUUUAGUGCUGCUACCCAUUAGUUUAUUAAUCUGUAUUUUUGUUGGUAUUAAAUGUCAAGAAAAUGCAAUGAAGAAUUUAUCUCCAUCAUUAAUCGAGUGUUAUGAUGGUGACACAUACAAAAAAUGGAAUUUACUACCACAUAACAUUGAUACGCUCGUUGCCAUCUUGCGAAAAAUAGAGGAUUUUCCUGGGCUAAAUAUGGACUUGCGUAUUUUGUUGUCCACGCUUUUACAUCGUUUUCGGCAAGAUGGUAUUGUCAAGAACCCAAAAGUUAAGGCACAGGUAGGUGUAAUGCCUUACGCGCCACUUGGACAGCAAUUCUUUCGUCAUGCGCAAACUCUUCGCGUCAUCCCCGGAAGUGCUGUCAAUUUCCCGAAUGAUAGUAUCUCGGCACUUGAACGGUGUACCUUACAUUCUAUGCUGUCAAGUAGCAUCGACAUUUUUGAAAGAGGGGAUGAAAGCAGGGUUUGCAAAUUUUCUAAUUAUGGCUACCAAAGAUAUAGUAGAAGUACCAGUCAGCAUAAAGGCGUGAAGAGCGACGUUGAAACACUUUCACCAGAACAAUUAGAAAUACUAAGUAAAACCGAGGGUGGAGUCGAUCCAAAUUUCUUAUAUCCGCCAUUGCCUCCCAAUCACCCAAAUAGCGCACGACUCACAAACUUGCCACCACGUAGUCGUUGUCCCAUAGAGAAUGGCAUCGUCCGAACACCAUACGGUACAAUUUCUGCCGGUUUGGUACUGGCUGGAAUAGCGGCAGGAUUAGAGCCACAGAUGAUAAGAGUAAAUGAUCUAAUAAAACAACGUGACGAUCCACAAGUGCUUAACUCACUGUCGGAAGUAAACUUGGAUAACAAGUUUUUUGGAACAUUGGCUGGUGAUCUAGCCGAAGUAGCUUUAAUUCAAGGCCCGCAGCAGAGUGAUCACUUCAAUCUUGGGGUGGAUGGAAAUUGGAACUCAACCACUCAACCGCGCUAUUAUUUUCUAAAUGCAAAUGAAAACCUGCAGAUGACAGCCGCGGAGCUACGUGGCGGCAUUGACGGCCUCGUCCUCGCGAGUCAAGUGCCCAUUCACUAUUCCAGAUUUGGGAAUCUAAAGUUAUCGCAAAUUUUCGACAUGUACUACAGCAACAAGGGAUUUUUCGAUCCUAAUAACCGCGCCUGCGACAGGCGCACACAUCUACCAAACGUUGCUCCUAUAAAUACACUGACAUCUCAGACAUAUAGUGCAGCCGUCAUUUUGAGUACUGAAAUAGCAAAGGCAACAUUUUUCUUAAAAUCUAUUGAAAAAUUUUCUACGCAAGCUGUAAAAGAUUUUUCAACAUUUAUAACAACAAUGAAUAAUGAUAUGAUUUGCAACAAUACACAUGGAGCUUUGGGAAUGAUCGAUGAACCGGCAGUCGAUUUAACAAUUAUUCUUGAUACAACUUGGCCUUUUGAUGUAAUUCAACAAAUCCUUGGGCAGUUGCUGGAAAAUCUUGAUAUAAGCAAAUAUAAUAGUAAUUUCACGAUCAUAAAUGCCCAUGAUGGGACAAGUAUAAGCAACUCGAGUAAUAGUAUUCUAGAUUUUCACAUCUUCAAUUCGUCAAACUACGAAACAUACGCGAAAGGAUUCGAUUUACCAAGAGCAUUUGAAAGGCUAAGGAGUUUACAAAUAAAGAAGCUUAAUGACGAGCAGCGAUUAGGUUGGGCUGGAGGAAAAUCCGACGUUGUGCUGAUCAUACCUUACCAAAGCAGCAUUUCUCAAAGCGAUAAGGAGUUCUGCUAUGAAGCAUUAAAAAUUAUGAGAGAAGAGGUUCCUGAUUCGGUCAUUCUAUUUCUAACUUAUGGUCCAAAAGAUCGAUGGUCUGAUUUGGUAUUAAAUCCGGACACCGAUGUUAUUUCUAUAAGUGUAAGUGAAAUUGCAGAUUCUUACUCAUCGAUUGAUGCAUUGCCAUCGAGAAUUAAACAAGUUCCGAGGCGUCUUAUAAAUUCACAAUGUGGAGCAAAUUAUGAACAAAUUGGAACAUCGCGACCCAUGAUAAAUGUUAUUGGAUCACGCGGUAUAGCCUACUAUAGGAUCCAUCCAAAUUACUUCUCUAGUGAUGAUACGGAAAAUCUUCCCAAAGUGAAAAUUCAAGGAUUAAAUGGAGCUUCUUUGAAGAUAUGCGUGUCAAGAGAACUUCAAAAUACAAAGGAAAAUGUCCCUACUACUACUUCUACGAGCUGCACUACAAUCACGAGUAAUACUUAUACAUUAUCCAUGACUUGCGAAGGUGCUAGUUACCUACACCAAUGUAAACCGUAUUACAUAUCUAUAAGUUCGAAUUCAACCAACACUGGACCAUAUACUUGUACAGAUACAAAAAUAUGCCGAUAUCCAGACAGCAUAAAGUACACAGUUUCUUAUGAGAAUCUUCAAUGUAAAAGUGGAGCCAGUUCGUUGUCUAUUAUUCCUGUAUUAAUACUAUCGCUCAUCUACUUUUUAUAG